GUACAAACACCCACAAAGCGUAAAAUAAAUUUGCGGAACAACAUUUUAAUAUUCUUUUCUGCUAUCGAAGUAUUGCAAUACUUUCUUGUGGAAAAAACUGGUGGCAAACAGAUUAUCCAUUCACCACCUUGCGAAUUCAGACCUGAGGGAAUUUUAUACUUCGUGAAAUUUUUUCCUGCCUGCUCGCCAACCAUUGCAUGAGCAUAGAAAGAAGUAGAAGGUAACCCAUAGCCUUGGAUCAUAUUUUCUUGCAACCAUGGCAAGUAAAAUAAAGGGAAUCUUUCAUCGGAAGCCGCAUGCUCCGAGUGCGGAACGGCAGAGAAUACAGAAAGAGCUUUUUGCAUUCAACAAGACUGUGGAACAUGGAUUUCCCCACAAGCCCAGUGCAUUGGCCUAUGACCCCAAGCUGAAGCUGCUAGCGGUAGGCACCCAGAGCGGGGUCAUCAAGAUAUACGGAGCCCCUGGCGUGGAGUUCAUUGGUGUCCAUGAAGGCGAGAGUGCUGUCUGGCAGCUCUUCUUCCUCCCGGAGCAAGGGCGCAUCAUCAGCUUACUGCAGGACAAUAGUUUGCACCUGUGGGAGGUCAACAUCAAGGAUGGUAACUCGGUCCUUGAAGAGGUCAAAUCCUUCUCCCUGGAAGGAAGACUCAAGAAGAUCUCAGUCUGCUGCCUGUCCGCCGACUGCAAGACCCUGUACAUGGGCACGGAGGGAGGUAACAUCUAUCUGCUGAAUGUGGCCACGUUUGACAUGGAUGAGCUCAUCAUCUACCAGGAUGUUGUCAUGCAGAAGUUACGUGAUUCCUCCUCCUCCUUCAGCGUUCCCGACGACUACAAGGUCAACCCUGGCCCAGUUGAGGCCAUUGCCCAACACCCGACUGAUGAUGAGAAGCUCCUGAUUGGCUACAACCGAGGCCUGAUUGUGGUCUGGCACCCUAAGGAGUUGACGGCUGAGCAGACGUUUGUCAGCAACCAGCAGCUGGAGUCACUCUGCUGGCACCGCGAUGGCCUGCGCUUCACCAGCGCCCACAACGACGGCAGUUACUGCGUCUGGAAUGCCCAGGAGUCCUCACAGCCCGAGAAGGAGCCUGUCAUCCCGUACGGGAGCAAGAAUAGACCAAUUAUAGACGGGGAAGAAAUGAAUGGACCAUUCCCCUGCAAGGCCAUCAACAAGCUGAAGUACCUGACCACCAAGAGUGACCCUUUCAUGAUCUUCUCCGGCGGUAUGCCCCGUGCCAGCUACGGCGACCGCCACUGUGUGACCGUCAUGCAAGGCAACAAGCACGUCGUCUUGGACUUCACCUCCAAGGUCAUUGACUUCUUCACCAUGUCUGAUGUGGAUGCUGAAUACGAGUUUGAUGAGCCACACACUCUGGUUGUCUUGGUAGAGGAGGAGAUUGUCUUCAUUGAUCUGCAGUCAGAGGGUUGGCCGGUCUUCAACCUGCCCUACCUGUCCUCUCUGCACGCCUCAGCCAUCACCUGCCAGCAGCACGUCAGCAAUGUCCCCUCAGAGCUCUGGGACAAGAUUGUGGCCGCUGGGGAGCAACAGAUGGCUAACAACACCUCGCAGAGGGAGUGGCCGAUGAAUGGGGGUAAGAACCUGGCCGAGCUGCCUACCCCGCAUGACCUCCUGAUGACUGGCCACGAGGACGGCACCGUCCGCUUCUGGGAUGCCUCCACCGUCUCCCUGAAGUUCCUCUACAAGUUAAGCACCGCCCAGGCCUUUGUGACCGAGGCUGACCAUGCUGACGCAGGGGUAGGCGAGACGGAGGGCGAGUGGCCGCCAUUCCGCAAGGUUGGCAAUUUUGACCCCUUCAGCGACGAUCCUCGCCUGGGCAUCCAGAGGAUUGUCCUGUGCCCGGUCAGUGGCUCCCUGCUGGUGGGAGGCACCGCUGGCCAGGUGGUCAUUCUCAACAUCGGAACGGAGGAGGUAGAGAAGACCGUGGAGAGCUUUCCAAUUCAGAUUGUCGGGGAGCAAGACAAAUUUGUGUGGAAGGGCCAUGAGUCGCUGGGUGUCAAGGAAGAUGCCCUGAAGUUUGCCCCUGGCUUCCAGCCGUCCAUGGUGGUGCAAGCCCAACCCCCGGCCUCCAUCACAGCCCUGGCCCUUCAAACUAGCUGGGGGUUGGCUGGCCUGGGCACCAGCCAUGGCUUUGCCCUGUUUGACACCGUGCAGAAGAAGCUGGUCAGCGCCCACUGCACCCUGAACCCCAACGACCUGUCGUCCACGGGGCAGCCCAUGACCCGCAAGCGCUCCAUGGCCAAGUCGCUGCGUGCCUCCAUCCGCAGGCUGCGGAAGAGGCGGGACCACAGGGCUGGAUCGCCCAAGAAGGAGCGAGCGGAAGGCGGAGCCAGUGGAUCUGGGGAGGGCGUGCAGACCACGGACAUUGACGCAGACAAGCCUGAGGGCAAGGAAGACAGCGGUGCCAAGUCCAGCCCCACCCGCGAGAUGGCCCAGGUGGAACGCAAGAUUGAAGCCAGGAGUGAUGACACCAAGACCAGCAUGGUCCGAUGCCUGUACUUUGCCAACACCUUUGUCAAUGACAGCCAGGUGGCAACUCCCUCUCUGUGGUGUGGCACUAAUGCCGGAUCUGUCAUCAUCUACGUGAUCAGCAUCCCUGGAGCCGACAAACGAGACACGGACGCAGUGGAGGCAAUGAUUUCUAAGGAGAUCAGGUUGAAGCACGGCGCCCCCGUGGUGUCUCUGGUCAUUGUGGACAGUGACACCUACCCCUUGCCAGACCCCAUUGAUGUACAGAACGAGCGAGCCAAGCCACCCAACAUGAGCGGCCAUAGCCUCAUCGUGUGCUCCGAGGAACAGUUCAAGGUAUUCCACCUGCCCAGCCUGAAGCCAUUCCGCAAGACCAAGCUGACCGCUCACGAUGGGUCCAAGGUUCGCAAGGUCAGCUACAUCAACUUCAGAAGCCGAAGUGACGACAACUACUCUGAGAACUGCAUCAGUUGCCUGACCAACCUGGGAGAGCUGGCCAUCUACAGCAUUCCGGCCCUCAAGAAACAGCUGGGCUUCUCUGCCCUCCGCAAGGAGAACGUGGCUGGCAUUCAGUCUCUCAUCUUCACGUCUCGCGGGGAGGGAUUCUACCUGCUCUCGCCGUCUGAGCUUGAAAGGUUCUCUCUGUCUGCCCGGUACUUCACCGAGCCCAUGUGCAUGCUGGAGCUGCCCGAGGGCAUGCGGCCUCCACCCCCGGAGCCUGAGCCGGAACCUGCCCCCCAGGAACCGGAGGCCCCUGUGGACGGCCACCCCAUCGCUGAGGAGGCCCCACCCGCUGAGGAGCCUGCUGCAGUGGCUGAGGAAGCUGCCCCCGCUGAGGAGUCGGCCCCGCCCGCCAGUGAUGAUGCGGCACCAGAAACAAGGACAGAGACAACGACAGUGGUGGUACAGGAGACUGACAUGGAUGACCCCAUGAUGAUUCAGAGUGGGACUACAGUGAAGACGGUGAAAACAUCCAGCACCACUGUGGUCAAGACAGAGCGGACACUCAUCUCAUCAUCCAGCUCUGGCGAUCAGAAGGUGGUCAAGACGACAGAGGAGACUGUGAUCACUAGCGGUGGGGAUCACCAGACUCCAGAGGAGCUGCACAAUGAGGUGGAUGAGCUCCUGGCCAAGAUCCCCAACAUCAGCGUGAACCUGGAGGGGGAUACGGAGGAGAACCCGGACAUCACCUUGGAUGAGGUCAGGGAGUACGGCAAAGAUGAGCAAGCAGCCGGUGAGGUGCACUCCGGGGACGCGUCGGCCGAGGUAAACCACGCAGCUGACGAGAGGCGUGAAGGGAAGGGCGUUGUCGAGCUCCAGAUAAGGGAGGAAACUGAUUGAGACGGUUCUUGUUUGUCUGCCCAGCAUCUGCGGCUGACAUUUCGUAGAUAAGCAGCAUUCAGUCAUGAUUUACAGUAAACUUCUUUUUCAUUUCCUUGUUUGUUUUUAUCCUAACGGACGUUCCAAUCUGUCAACUUGUGUGGCUUGGAAAAUGACUGUUGUCUUGAGGACUUUAACGCAAACCUUACGAGAAAAAGGUUGUCUGGAAAGCAAAUCAUUAACCUGUCAAGGCAGACAGCAGUGUUGUGAUUAUUCGUGUUUUAAGAAAAUCAGCCUUUAUAACAAGAACAGCUUAAGCAUUAAGGUGGGCGGUGACGAUUGGACAAAGCUUUUCUGAAAAGCAUUCUGUAUUAGUACUGUAAUAGCUCCAAGCGGAAAGGUGACAUUCAUGUUGCAUAUGUUGGUAUUCUGAAGCAAGUACUGUGAUUGUGAGCUGACGGGGAAGGUUAUUGAACUGAGAAUAUGUAAAUCGGCUUUUGAGACAACUGCAUUCGCCAAGUUGUAGUUUUUAGAUAUGAAAUUUGUUUUUGUUUUCCAUUUUGUUUACCGUUUCAUUGGAAAUGUAAGAAUGAAUUUGAAAUAGAAAAAGGGACUUUUUGGGGAAAAAAAAGAAAUCACCCCGGUGAUAAAUGAACCUGUUUAGAUAACUUGUGAAUUUAAACGUUGUAUUUCCUUGAUACAAGAAAAUCGUAGUACUUGUAAAAUUUUGCUAAUUCAAUUACUGUUGUGCUUGUGUGUAAAAACCAAAAGCUGAACCCGAGAGUGUGUGGGAAUGCGCGUUUGUCAGUCGUUUCAUUGUCUCUCUCAAGUAGUAGUUGGUAGUACUAGUACGAGCAUUCUAUUGAGUCGUAAACUUUGAACGAAUUUCAUACAAAUUUUUCAGGAGACAGAGGGGCCAAUGUUUUUUCCCCCGAGAUCAUUUCCAUACACCAGUCACUGUUCCCAAACAGGUGAAAGUGCAGAUGUUUUGAAUAUAAGGAAGACUGCACGUGAACCGAGUUGUGAUUUUUACUGUUGUCGUAGACACAUGUAACCUGAAGAAGCGUUUACACUCAAAGGUUAAUGAUGAUAUCUGUAAAGCAAGAUACUCCAGAUCUGGGGCUUUUUGUCCUCCUCUACCCAAGUGUCAGUUCCUGGUUUAACAGUUGUAGGCUGAUAAGAUAGCUUUGGUGCCGCGAGAAUACUAAGAAUUGUGAUAUUUAAUGAAGGGGGAGGUUGUACAGGCUAGAGCUGUGUAUAGGGAGAGUAGUACCAACUUCAGACUGGAACCAACAUGGCUGUUCAUUAUGUUUGCGGUGCAGUUGUCUGGUGUCGUGUACUAAUUGUCCAUAUUCACUGACACAUAAUGCACCAUUUUGGUUCCAACGACUGAGACACUCAUUUUGCAACUCUCUAUAAGCAGCUCUGUCUAUUAAAGGCACCGCCAUAACGCUUGUUCAUACUGUGAAAUAACGCUCAUGGAAUGUGUGAGGCUUGUGUGAAACACACCGAUCGUAGGUUAGUGUUGAUCAAUAAUUAUGACAUUGUAGCCAAAAAUCACAGCAGAGGAAAGACUGGAUUUUGUUUUUCUCGGUUUGAUUCACGUUUUGGAUUUCAUUCAUUUCUUUUCCCUUUUGUGGUUUGCGCCUGAAAGUGCCACAAGGUUUUAUUCACCCGUUUCUGUUGCCUGCCUUACAACAAUAAAUUUUAAAGAAACUGUCUUCAAUUAUUAAGCUGUUCAUGUAGGUAGUUCGGCAGUAAUAGCUGGGUAGAUUUUUAAAGUGACGCUUCAGAGGUCUGUCGUCGUACCGGAAUCUCAAGCAAUUUGUAUUCUGAUUCAUUGCUACAUGUUUGGUGUUCCUAUUUGGCGCGUCUGUGAUUGAAAGCAGACAUAUUGUAAUUAUUAAAUUGAGUGGUCUUAGACGUUGCGUAGUCUCUUUGCGAAACUGUUUGAAAUUUAGAUCGUAGUUGUUGACAAAUGGAAAAAUUCAAAAUCAGUUAAGUGUAAUCGUCACAACAGGCCAAGCAGAUUGAUUAAUUAUGUGCAGUAGACUAUGUAAACAAGUAUAAAACAUAUUCUUUAAUUUUUCAAAUGUCAGUAAUGUUAUAAUUGUAUUCUAUUCUACUAGCGAGUACUCGAGUCCGUUUCUGAAGCCGUUUGAAAAUGUUGGAGUUUGUUGGUCAGGGCUUAAUCUUUGAUGUCUUGGACUCCGCCUUUUUCCGUUAAGCGCAGUGCAAUUUUGCAUACAUAUCUUAUAAUCACGCUGUUAUUUGCUAGUCAUUACUUUUGCACAUUAAUCACUUACUCUUAUUUGAAAUACUCUCUAUUACUGUUACUAUCUGCCCCGAUUAGCAGCAUCGUUCGACGAAGAUGAUGUCAUUUUUAGUUUAGACACUUUUACACGAAUAACUUUAAUUUGAGCUUUAAAAAACAAAGAUACGUUGAUGGAGUUGCACAACCGAUUCAAGUGUAAGUUGUUUUCUGGUUAGCAGUCUCCAAAGUCAAUUUGGAGGUUGUUUGGUGUGAGCAAAAACCCAGAGAAUCAUCUCAGCCCUUUAGUUUUAGCGUGUUUUUUUUUUUUUGUUUUUGUUUUUUUUUUUGGUAGAAGCAGAAUCGCCUUGUGUUGUGCAUCAGUUUGGUAUAUAACAUUCCCUUUCUGUCGUGUUUCUAUGGAGUGUCCCAUUAAAAAGCAGACACCGAAUGGGCGUGUAACCCACGUU